AGGCAAUAUUGAUUUCCAACAAAUUGAAAACAAGAGAGAGAUUUUCAGUAAUAUAUUUUUGUUUAUUUUUCGUGUUCAUUGAAAUUUUUAACGAAAUGGCAGUAAAUAUGGAAGGUUCACAGACACACUUUUACGAUGAAAUCGAACCCUUUUGUCGAUGGAGAAGAACGGAAGACAUCGACAUUCUUGAGCUACAUCUUCCUUCAGGUUUGAAGAAAGAGCAUCUUAAAAUACAGAUCAACAACAGUGGUGUACUAACAAUAACAGGAGGCUGUCCAGUGGACCAAACCAAAACAAUCAGGUUCAUGAAAGAAACAAAAGUUGCAAAAGAUUGUAAAAGAAAUGAGAUUCGUGCAAAGUUCUCUAAGGGAGUUUUGUAUGUGACGAUGCCAAAGACAAUCCCUAUAGCAGCUGGUCUCUCAGUUUCUUUGAAGGGAGCCACGCCACAACAUCAAACCCCUAAAACAGAUGAGGGUAUGAGAAAUGUUGCAAACUGUUCAAGCGAAUUUUAUAGUAAGUUUGGCUCAUUGAAGCAAAGACUAUGGAGGAAGACAGUAGUUGAGGGUGUGGCCGCUGUGGUGGUUGUGGCUGCUGCAGUUUUAGGAGUUGUUAAAGCGUACCAAUAUUUUAUGGCAUCACCUGUGUGAUCAAGUUUUAAUAAGACCAUGUAUUUGCAUUAUUGGUAUGAUGUAUACAUAUAUUCAUUAUGUUUCACUUUACAUAAG